AUGUUUGAUAUAUCGAGAAUAUCGGCAAUCGAUAUUCAAUCGUUAAGUGAAGAAGAGACCGAUUCUUGGUGCAGAAAAUUGUUCAAGUAUCCAAUCGAUAAUGUUGAACAAGAUUUGGAUAAGAACAAUCUCAUACAAUUGUUUAAAUUCACAAGGUCCUUGUUAAACGUUAAGCAUAUUCAAACGGAUGUUCUCUUGGAAGAAUUACAAAGCAUUGAGCAAAAAUAUGGAGAUAUUGAAAAUGAAUUGGAUGCACAACGAAAUAGCAAACCUGAUGCUGAACUAAAACGAUUACAGGAACAAUAUGAUGAUCAAGAACAGCAGCUACAAAAAGCUAUCGAACAACGGCAAGAACUAAUCAAUGAGCUUGAACAAAAAGAUAAAGAAUUAAAGCAACUUAGGACAUCUAGUUCGCAUAGCUCCGACUCUACUAUAAAUAGUGAUCACUUGUCUGAUUCACGAUUUUCAACUGAUGAAAUGAAACUUCGAUUAAGAGAAAAAAAUGAACAGAUCGAACAACUGUUGGAUAAAUUAUACGAUUCGGACCGUAUCAAUCUUGAUCUAGCUGAACAAGUGGCCAAACUUCGUGUUGAUUUGGCCAAAUCGGAUAAUGAGUGUCAAUUAUUGACGGCUAGACGACAAAUGCUCGAACAACAAAUCCAUGAAUUAGAAAAGCUCAAUGAAAGUUUAUUAUCAGAUCGGCAACGACGCGAUCAAGAACUUGAUCGCCUUCGUAAAGUACUUAAUCAAAACCAGAAGAAUUCGACUGAUGAUCAGGCACAUUCAUCAGAUGUGGAUAUUUCAUUCUAUCAACAAAUGACAAAAGAAUUAGACAAGCUAAAAUCAUUGAUCAAAGUCAAAGAUUCCGAAAUAUAUGAACUUCGUGAAAUGAUCAAAAUGUUACCCAGACAUUCAAAUGCAGAACAGUUGGAAGAACGUAGAGAUCAAAUUGAACGCCUUGAAGAAGAGCUUAGCAUUCUAACUGAAGGUAUACGACAAAAAUUUGAAGAAGAGGAAGAACAAUGUAACCAAAACGAAAUAGCUGAUCCAAUCAAACUACGUAAACAAAAUCGAAAGGUACGAAAUAUGAAAAAACAAAUCGAAUCUCUUGAAACGAGAAUCGAUGGACUUGAACAUGAAGCCCGUAAUAAAGACGAAGCUUUAAUACGUCAGCGUAAACGAAUGUCAAUGUUGAUAGGUGGAGAUGAACGGAUAAGAAAGUUGUUUGAAGAAAAUGCUGUUCUUACUCGAAUGUUGCGAUCACGCGAAAAUCGUAUAGAAUUCCUUAUUAAUCAGCUCAAUAAACAUAAUUUAAUUCCUGAAAGUCCUAUCGGAUCUGAUGAUUUGAGUGGAACAUCAAUGCAACAAGAAAUGGAACUCUGUGAUCAAUUGAUAGCCGUUACUGUUGAACGCGAUGUUCUGCAACGACAUCUUGAAGCCGUUCAAACACACAUGGAAUCUAUUCAUAAUGAAAACUUGGAACUUCAAAUGGGUAUGAAGGAAAUUCUUGAUGGCCUACGUCAGACAGAUGUCACAACUGAUCUGGUACUGGAAUGUCCAAGUUUAGAAAGAGUUUGCCGUAUGCUUGAAAAUCGAUCAAUUUAUUCUGGAUUGAAUGGAAAUCAAAGUGGUGGGGAUAUUACACAAAUGAUUCUACUUAAAUCUGAAUUGGAUCACGUCCGAGGACAAAAUGAACAACUUCGAAUUGAACUGAAAAACUUGAGAGCAGAUUUUCUUUCAGUUAUAGACGAAUACACAACUGAUAUAUUGAAUAAUUGGACAAUGAACAGUGGUGAACGGGAUUCAACUAUAAACGAGACCAAUUCGAUGUCGAAUUCCAAUUGCCAAGACAUAAAUGAUGUUAAUGAUGACAAUGAGGAUUUUGAUGAUGACAUGCUUUCGCACUCAAAGGAUGAAGACGAAUUAGUGGACAAAAUUGUAGAUUCUAAAUCGACCGAAGGAUCGACUUCCAGACCGCGAUCGAGAAUACAAAGAAGACAAAACGCGAAAGAAUGUGAAGUAAAAACCUCAGCCGAUACGGAAAAAAUUCCGAAAAUGAUUUCUAUAGGCACUAUGAUAUCAUCAGAAUCCAUUGAAACUUGUAGUGUUGGAUUAGACCCAAUUUUUCCAAUAGAAUCCGAACAAGUAAAAAUUCCAAAAGUUCAAAUCGAAAAUAGAUCUACACAAACAUUUAUAGUUGAAAAAGUUGAUGAAAAAACACUCGAAACUGAAAUUUCUAAGCCUUACGAAAAUCAGUUGUCCGAAAAAGUUACUUUGAAUAUUAGCGACGAGGACGAUCAAUAUGUAUUGAUGGCCGAUGUUCAAGUGCAAACUGUUUCACCUAAUUUUCAAUCUCAAUCUGUACAAACAACCGAAUGGAAACAAACCGUACCAGAACCAGUUCAAUGUGAACAAUGUCAAAAACAUUUGACCAUGUUGAAUUCUGUUCGCCGGCUAAUCGAACAAGAGCGUCAACAAUUUCAACACCAGGAAACCAAAUACUUUGAAACAAUAGAAUCUUUACGUCAGAAUCUAACGUUGGUGAAAAAAGAAUACAAGUUGGAUGUUGAUGCCCGAAAUGAAGAAAUUCGAGAUUUGCGAGACAAAAUGAUGAAAAUGACUAACUCAUUGCAAACGAUUCAAAUGGAAAAAAAUCAGAAACAGACCUCAUUAAUAGUAAUCAAACCCAACAGCAAAGACGAAGAAGAAAUGGUCGCAAAAAUAGCACAAUUUCAACCUCAACAACAGCCACCAGCAAGCCAAUCAAUCGAAUCGAGUCAAACGAAACAGAACAAAGCGAUUCUUGAAACUAUAAUAGAAUGUUUGCGAAAUUGUCUUAAACAAAAAGAUGAAGCAUUGGAUGAAUAUCGUUCGAUGCUAGAACAAAUGCGACAGACAUAUGGUGCUGCAGACAAAUCUCGUCAGCAAACUAAUUCAAUGAGCAUAAUAGAACCGAAUCGACAAAGUUUAUUCAAUCAAAAGGAUGGACGAAAAUUUGUCCAGUCGAACGUUGAAGAUGAACAAAUUAACAUUUUGGAAAUGGAAAAAAUCUAUGAAGAUUUAUUCGUCAAGCCAAAAGUUCAAGAGAAUGAUCAAUUGAUGGAGCUAUUACGGUCAACUUUACAUCAGCUAGAAUCUGUUCGAACGAAAUCACGGGAACGCAUCAAACAAUUGGAAAUCGAGCUUCAAGCAAAAUCAAAUCUGAUAAUUGAACUAGAAUCAAAUCUAAACCAUACCACAAGACAGUUAGAAUUCAGCAAAGCUAAAAUUCAAUCCUUAGAAUCUGAAUCACGAUCUAAAGAAGAAAAGAUUCAAACAUUGACGACCAAAUUGAACGAUAUGAUCAGGAGAAAUCAACAGUCAAUUCAAACUGCAACAGCUUUAAAGAAAAAAGUUGAAAACUCUAUCUUUCAAGAAAGUGCUGAUCUUCGAUCGAAAGUUGCCGAACUUAAUGCCGAGGUACGACGGAUAGAAUUGGAAAAAUGGAACAUUGAAAAACGUUUAUCACAGGAACGUCAAUCUGCACGUGAACGUCUCAAUGAACGUGAUCAACAGGUAACUCAACUUAACGAACAAUUGUCAAAACUCCAAUCACUAAUGGCCAAAAUGGAACGUAAAUUGAUUGCUACAAAAAAUAAACAAACUCCAAAAAUCGAAACUAAAGAUCAAUCCAUACAGACUGUAGAUGACGAUUCACAAGCACAAUCCAAUCGGUCUGUUCGAUUUAGCCAAAUUCAAGUGCAACGAGAACAUUCUUCACGUAAAAAGAAAAUAAUAAAACCAGAUAACCGAACCACCAUGUUCGUAAAAGACGAUCUAGAAAAAUCCAAAAAGACCGAAAAACUGAUUAGAGCAAAAAAACUAUUACGUCCAGAGAUCAAGAGCAUCGACGAUCUGGAUGACAAACAAAUAAAACGAAUUGACCAACAUUUCCGACCAUCUAAAGAAUCCUCCCUUCAAGUAAUUGGCGAUGAUCUCGAACGAAUCGAAAUUAGUUCUGAAACUGAAAAUGCAAUAGUUUCAAUUGAAGAUGAUUCUAGCCGACAGAUCGUCAUUCAUCCAAUAGAUCGUGAUCAAAUGUCAUCAAUUGUCAAUGAAAUUGCUAUUAUUGACCGAACGACACCGACAACGGAUUUAAAUCAAGAUAUCACGUUGAUGGAUAAAAUAAAAAGAAUUAGUCAACGAAUGAAAAAAUCAUCCUCAGCUAGUUCAUCAAUGGCUACAGCCACUUCAUCUUCCUCGUCCUUUUCAUCGAUGAAAUCAUUGGAAUUGAAUGAAAUCGAUGGCUAUUGUUUCGAUACAGCAGACAAUGUUGUGCAGAAAAAUGAAAAUCGAUUGCAAAUAUCUAAUAACUGUCGUGAUUGUGAAUCAAAAUUACAAGCACAUCGUAUUGAACAACAAUUAAUUGAUUUACGCUUAGAACGUUUAUUGGAUCAGAAUGUAAGCCGUUUGAAAUCAUCACUAAGCAUUAGCGGAGCAACAAUAUUGGAUCAUUCAGCUAAAAAGAAAUCAAAAGAACAAAUUCAUCAUAAUCAAUAUGACCAUGCAGAAUUAGAUUGUGAUCAAAUAUAUCAGUAAAAGUAAUGAAAAUAAUAUAUAUAAUAAUAUAUAAACAAAAUGUCAUUAAACAUAAAAAGAAAAU